UGUGGCUGGGGUAGGAGGCGGGGACUAUGCGUGCGUGUGUGCCUGUGUGUGUGUGUGUGUGCGCGUGUGUUCUCAUUUCCGCUUCCCCUUUCUGAGCUGGCAACAGCAGUUUAAUGAGGACAGAGAGAAAGGUACAACAUGCAAUAUGCUAUUUUGUCACUGUCCUCGCUCAGACCCCGAUACCUGGGAAGGGCUUGGCCCGACUUUGCUGACCUCUCUGCCUCAAACUCUGCUCUCUACCUGCAGACCCCUCUCAGAACCGCAUUCCUGUGGCGGAGGCCCUGAAGUCUGACCCGGGGCCAUGGAGGGCUCUGUGCUGAGCCCCACCUCCUGGGAGAAACGGCGGGCCUGGCUCCGGCAGAGCCGCCACUGGCAGACCCAGGUCCUGGAGGAGGAGGCCGCGGCUGCCCUGCGAGAUGUCUCUGAUCCUGAGCCUUCCAGCCUGGAUGAUGUUUUCCAGGAAGGGAAUCCAAUCCACAAGAUUGAAGACUGGCUGCAGGAUUGCGGAUACUCUGAAGAAGGGUUUUUUGAGGAAACUGGACAGUCAAGCUACAAUGGGUGCCUCAGCCAUGGAACCAGCUUUGAAGAUGACUUGACCUUAGGAGCAGAGGCCACACUGUUGGCCACCAACAGCAAAGUCUUCUCCAGGAGUUUCCUGGACACAGCCCGGCCCUGCCAGCUCCUCGAUCUCGGCUGCAGCUUGGCUUCCAGCAGCAUGACUGGUGGCACCAACAAGACUAGUUCAAGCAUCUCUGAGAUUCUGGACAAGGUGCAAGAAGACGCAGAAGAUGUCCUCUUCAGUCUGGGCUUUGGCCAAGAGGACCACAAGGACACUUCGCGGAUUCCUGCCCGAUUUUUCAGCACCCCCUCUCAGGCCAGAGGCAUCGACUUCCAGCUCUUCCUGAAGGCCCAGGUGCGGAGGAUUGAGAUGGAGGACCCUUGCCUCAUGCUGGCCAGUGAGUGUUCCCAUGGACCCACUGCACUACUUCUCCGCCAUUCACGACGGGGAUCGGUGGCUCCAGAUCCUCGUUUCUCUUGGUUUAAGCAGGUGCAAACACUGGCUGUCACUGCUGAUGCCUUCUUCUGUCUCUACUCCUAUGUGUCUAAGACACCUGUCCAGAAGUUCACACCAUCCCACAUGUUCUGGAAUUACAACCCAAGUGAUCUGCCAUCCAUCAGGAUCCUGGCUCCAGAACCUGAACCUCACUCCCCCAGAGAGCGCCUCCGGAAAGCCAUCUCCAAGAUGUGUCUGUAUACGAGCCCCCGAGAUCGGCUGUCACCACCCCAGAAUAUCCCCAAAAGGAACAGUUUGGACCAAGUGGUGUGGGAAGUGAUGGACAGAGUGAGAGGAGAGAAGCUUGUCUUGCAGCAAGACCCUGGGCUUGGGCCAGGCUCAGAGGAAGAUCCUGUGCCCCUCAUCAGGGAUCCAAAGUUGCCCACUUCUGGUCCAUGUGCCCUUUGCCCCAAAGAGGAAACACAGCAGGGGAUGUCCACAAUGCAAGCACCAUCACAACCUCUGGGUCCUAAACCAGAGACAGCCUGUUGCACACAUUCUCUGCCCGGAGCAGACCUACAGCGGAGCACAGACCCUGCACAGGUGAAGAGACAGCUGUGGGGUCUACAGGCCACCAAUAAGGAAGUCCAUUUGGCCAAAGAUGAGACUUCCUGGAAAAGAAAGAGCAGAGCAAGAAAGAGCUUGUUUCAGAAGAAUCCCACGAGCAAGACAGUUAAGUCACUGGACCUGUCCAUCAUCCAGCAGAGUCAGGAGCAACGAGCGCUGCACGGAUCUCCAGCCCAGCAGCUGUGGGACACUUGUGUCUUGGAGGAGGUGAGCGGGUUGGGGGCAAGAGAGAGGCCGGCAGAGAAAGGUUCUGGAUUCUUGCCUUUCAGUAAAGGGACUCCAGGCCCCCUGUCCUCACCAGAUAUACCAAUUCUUGAAUUACAUUCAGAAACUUUGGGGAACAGGUUCGUAGAGAAGGAAAAGGAUAAAUAGGCUUGGUUCCCGAAGAACAUCCAGGUUUUCGGAGCUUUUCUAAUUCCUCAUCUGAUCUGAUCUUGGCGGAAGUCCUUCAUCAAGCACACCUGGCUCGUUCACUUGUGGGAUCCACACCAGGGUAUAAAUAGAGGUUGGCGAUACACUAAGCUAAACACUAUAUGCUGUCUUCUACCUUAAUAAAUAUGUAACCAUAAAUACCUAGAAGUCCAGGUUCAAAGUUUAUAUUCUCAGACUCUUAGGACUUCUGUGCUAGAACACGGCCGUGCGGGCAGAGCCACUCCCCAGCUCUGGCCUGUCCCCUGCUCUUCCCAUGCCCAUAAAAGACUUUGCACAUAGAUGUGUGAGCACCUGGCCUGCGUAUCCAAAAGCUACACACCCCCCACCCACACAAAUAGCCAUCGUCUGGUCAUCACUCAUGCCUGGGGGCGCGCACACUAGUAGAGAGGUCGACCCUUUAAGACAACAGACACCAGGCAAGACCAGUGCAAGUCCCUGAAACAGACUUGGGGGCAUCUGAACAGCGUAUCUGGGUAUCCUGUGUAACCAGAGCGUGUUCUAGAAGGGGUAGUGCAGGACCCAGGUGGGCACAACCUGUCGGUCCACCAACUCCUCUUGCCUGGGACUCUACACAGUACUGCCAUCCAGUGCUGAGCUCUCUUGGAAAAGCUCCCAGAUCCCUGCUGUGAUGAUUUGCAAUAUUGUUUGCAUGUACGCCACCUCUCAUUGGACAUAGAGCGGGGCCUCAGCUCCUGCCUUCCUCACCACCGCACUCCUGCCACCGGAGAAGAAGCCGAGUCUCUCAAGUACACUCAGCCUCUUUCCCCUACAGCCACCUGCCAUCCGACAUCUUUCCCCACUGGCUCCAAGUUCCGCUGGGACCUUGGUUACAGGUGCAAAGCCAUAGUGAGGAGGACGAGAGCUGCUGGUGCAACGGUCCCAGACACCCCCACCUGUACUAGACUUUUGCUGGCAAAGACUCAAGAAGUAAGUGGGUCUCUCUUUCCCUUCUCUCUCUCUCUCUCCCUCCCGCCCUCCUCCAGGCAGUGAUUCUCAAACCUGGCAACAUAUUAUAAUUGCCCAGGAAGAAUUUUUUAAAUAUCCACAAGGAAGGGUCCCACAUCCUGUGAUUCUGAUUUCAUUGAUAUGGCAUGGAAAUCAGUGCCUGAUUUCUUGUUUGUCUGUUUUUAAGCUCCUUGGGUGAUUCUAUUAUGGCUGGUUAGAUACUUCUCUAGAUCAGUGGUUCUCAGAUUUUAGCCUCACCUGGAGGGCUUGUUAAAUAAAAUGCCAGUGUCUGGGCCCCAAAUCCCAGAGUUUCUGGUCGAGAAGCUCUGGACAGGGCCCAAGAAGCCGCAUCUCUAACAAGCUCCCAGGUGAUGCUGGUGCUGAUGCUGCUGGUCUGGCAAUCACCACCUGAGAGCCGUUCUAGAGUUCUAGCACUGCAUAACCUUCAAACUGCAGGCUGCAGGCCGGCGGCAGAAGCAUCACUUGGGAUUCUGUGAGAAAUGUGGCGUCUCAGAUCCCAUCCCAGAUUUAAGGUAUUUUAUCAAGAUCCUUAGGUGAUUUGUUUGCACGUUGAAGUUCGAGAAGCACCCUGCUAUGGCUCUUUAACAGGUGACAACCAACCAUAAAGACCUUCAUCCCAGCUCCUGCUCAAGGGGAAUCCUAAUCAGCCCGCAUUCUGAUCAGCCCACAUCACCGCAUGGGGAAGACCCCGGGUAUCUCGCAGCUAUGCUCCCUUAGGCUCUGAGUUCCUUCCUGCAGCGAGGGUCUGAUGUCUGUAGCUCUCCUUCCCUCGGGGAAGGACAGGGAAUCUCACAGAGGUGGUUACUGAAGCUAAAAUGUCUUUCCUUUUGAUAUGAGUUUUGAGCAUUAACUGUAUCAGAGAUAUCCCUUAUGCCUCUGAAUAUUUUUACUAAAGAUUUGUUAAACUUAGUAUAAAUGAGGCUUCUGUAGUUUUUACCGCCUACCUUCUAGUGCCAGAGAGAAGAGGGCGUCAGGAAUGAAUGAACAAACAAACAAACAAACAAACAAAUAAAUUUUCUAAGAUAGUAGAAAUUGAUAUCCUUCUUGAAUCAAGUCAAUGAGUCUUGCUUAGAGUUCCCUCCAUUUCGAAUGUCUUAGUUUACUGCACUUCCUGGCCCAAGAGUUGUUUUUGCUCAAUACCUUUAAUGUGCAGUGUUACUUGUCCAGAAUCACAAAGAUCUUUACACUUCCAACUUUUUAAAUUUUAAUUCUCUAUGAUUUUAGGGCCCUAGUCACUCUUCUUUCUCUCUUACUCAUUACUUUCAUCUCCAGGUAUAUAAAUUGUUUGUAUACAGCAGUCACAAAGGAGGUAACUAUCAGAAGGCAGCAGUAAUUAUAUAUAGUUGGGGAAUGUUUAGGAUAUGGAGUCAAAUGACCAACCCUAUACUAAUUCCAUGAUCUUGCAAAAAUCACUGGACUUUUAAUUUGAUCCUACAUAACAGGAGAAUAAUAAUUAUAUUUACAUAUAUGUGGACUGGCAUCUCUGUAGUUUCAACCCCUUACAGGGAGUGUGUGAAGGUAAUGUAUUAGAAUAAUAAUGAUGUUGCUGCAGCUGUUGCUGGUUUUAGAAAAGCAUAAAAUACUUAGAUCGGCGCUUCUCAAGCCUACAAGAUGUUUUUGAUUGCUGUUGUUGGGACUCCAACCAACAGGCUUAAAUGCUUAAGUUUUGGACUUGGGCGUUUUUGUUUCUUCUUCUCUUAAAACUUUCCUAUUGCUGCAUAGCAAACCCAAAAUGCAGUUGUUUAAAGAAAAAGUUGUUUCUGUUUUGUCACUAUUUUGUGGGUUUACUGGAAGGUUCUACUGCUUGUCUCACCUGGGGUCCCUUAUGCAGCUCUCUUUGGCUAUUUGUCUGGCCUGGACUGAAGGGUCAGAAAUGGGCUCCCCGCAAGUCUGGAACGUUGGUCUUGACCAGCAGGGGGCGCCCUUUCUGUGCGCUGUGUCAUUCCUUACCAGUCUUGACUUGUCUUAUGUAAAUGUUCAGCAAAAACUGAAA